AUGAAUUCCAAUACAUCGAAAAUUCUCAAACCAGAGGGUGAGGCAGGGCGUCCGGGUCAUGGUGGAUAUAACUUGGAAGAUACACUCCAUUGGGAUGCUCUUCGCUUCAAACAGUUCAAGGAGUCCGUUCACCGAUCUAUCAACAAGCAUUGCGACACUCGCAAGAGCAAAAUGCACCAAUUACCUACUGCAUUGAUUUCUGUUCAGAACGAUAUGUCCUGUCUGAUGACUUUUGUUUCCUCCCAUCCUGACGAUGAUGAUCCUGAUCCAUCUGUCGAGUCAUACUCCCUCCAUGAGCUUCGUCCUGUGCACACAUAUCCACCCCAGCCUAUUACAACCUCAGUUCACGCUUACCCACCCAAGCCUGCUGCCCUGCCCAAUGAGGACUUUGUGAUGUCGCUAUAUAACCCCUGGGAGACCGUCCGUAGGCCAAGAGAUGAUGAUAUUGAUCGCCCUACCAAGGUCCUUUUUAAAGAAGUUGAUCAGUCAGCUAGGCUGCGCGAUAACGUUCGUGAACUACAGUACAGCAAACAUGAACUGUUACUCCGAAAGCGCUAUGCUCAGAGAAAUGCCAACUUGCGGGAGUCGGAGAUGCAAUCAGUCAUUGAUCAGUAUCGUCAGAAACUUGAAUCCCUUGAACUCGAGAAAGUCGAGGCCAUUACCUCAUUGGAGCAGCAGCACCACAACAAAAUUGUCACACUCCAGAACCGGAUGACACUUGGCAUUGAUGAAGUACAAAAUACUGCACACGUGGAGCGAGAUCAUGUAUUGGCAGAGAAAGAGGCUUAUAAUUUCAAGAAUGCCUCACUGGAUAGUCAAAUCCGACAAGCACAAGUUGCAGUGUCUGUGUCACCACCUGCAUGGCGUCAUCUCACAGGUAAAAAGCCUAUCGCCACAUGCACCAACAUAAUCGGGUAUUCGCCAAUUCUUGAUGAGGAUUCAGAUUCUCCUGUAGACGAAGAGCCUCAGAUCGCCGGCAGUGGUGACGCUGGACGUCCCCUGACAUCAUUAUUGGCGGAUGUUCCGAUCGAGAAUGCCACGGUCGGAAUGCUCGUUGAGGCACUCGCAAAGUCUCUUCAGCGUCAACAAAUUACUUUCCAUCCUGGACCUCGCUCUAGACGUAAGAAGGCUGACUGCCCUGUAGAAUAUUUCACUGAUGUUCAACAUCAAGAUAACAAGGUGAAUGUCCGCGAGCUAUUCAAAGCGAUGUUCCAUCUCACGAAAGAUGAGGACUAUAUGCUUAUAGUGGGGCAUCGUGGGAAGCCGUCACAUCUUUCAUAG